ACUGUUAGAACCGUUGGGCAAAAUGAGGUAAAGGUGUUUUCUUCACUUGAUGCCAUUUUCAAUACGACGGCGCUGAUAACCCCGGACAUGAGUUGCGGAAACAACCCCACGGCAAGAUCAGAGAAAGCCAGACUUAAAAACAGCUUUUUGACGGUGGCUGGUAUCGAUGAGGCGUUAAACAAGGCCCGGAUCACUAAAAGAUUUCCAAGAGUGGCCACAACUGAAAACGCCAGGUGUAAAACACAAAAGGCCAGCAUAGAAUCUCUCUUUUGGAGAACGAAUUGCUCAAAUUCAUGUAGCUUUGCAGUACAGAACUGCUCGGUCAUGGUUAAACCUGCCAGAUGAUUUAUUGCGUGUGGCUUUAGUUUAAAAGUCUCAAUCAGACUCAUCGGUUAUAGGCUAAUUUUGUUAAACAGCUGGAGACAAAAGGCUUGAUUGGUCAGUAAAUCGUCAAACAUUUUAAAAUGCUUUCAAUCAAUCAAUCAAUCAAUCAAUCACUCAACUUUAUUGGUACAUCCAAUUAAAAUGGGUUUUCACAUACCAAUUACAAUAAAAUCUAAUAUGAACAAUAGAAAUCUAAAAUAAACAUUUGAAAGUGAUAAAACAUUACCAUAUUAUUUAAAAAAUAUAAAAUAUGCAUGAUUACACCUAUUGAAAGUCAAUGGCUUAAAAACUCGUCAAGUGCACGUCCUUUAAUCGCAUUCUUAAAAACAUUAAAUGACUCUAUGUUUGCUAAACUUUCUGGAAGGUCAUUCCAGAGCUGAACAGCCCUACAUGAGAAAGAUCGCUGACCUGUUGUUGAUAAGAUGGUAUAUGAAGUUUAUCUUUAUUCCUAGUAUUUCUAGUAUGCACCUGGCUUCUUGUCGAAAACCUAUUACACAAGGAUGGUGGGGCUAAUCCCUUUAUACAUUUGAAAGCCAUUAAAAUGUCUCUAACCUCCAGUUGCUUAGCAACCGGCGACCAGUGGAGUUCCUUCAACAUCGGCGUGAUGUGCUCAUACUUUCUUGCGCCAGUCACAAUCCGUGCCGCAAAAUUCUGAACUUUUUGAAGCCUGGCAAUGUUCUUUUUUGUUGUACUAGACCACAUGGACGAACAAUAGAAAAGCUUACUGAACACUAAUGAAUUUAUUAUGGUUAUGAGCGUAGACCUAUCAAACAAAUGUUUCACACGAUUGAUUUGGCACAGGCUACCUGUACACUUAGAUACAAUCCCGGUCACAUGUUCGUCAAAACUAAGGCGCGAGUCCACAAUGACCCCCAAAUCUUUUGCAGAACGAGAAGGCAGAAUUUCUUUACCGAGUAGCGUAACUCCAAAACCCUCCGGCACACGAGCUAACAUCUGCGGGGUUCCAAGAAGCAAUAACUUAGUCUUAUCUGGAUUAAUCAGCAAGCUGUGUGUGGAACACCAGGCGGCAAUCCGUUGCAAACCUUCAGACAAAUGUUCCACAACCAUGGCUGUCUCCUGGACAGGAAACGAGAGAUAGAGCUGGGAAUCAUCCACGUAACUCUUUAGUAAGCACAGGUUAGGGGCAGCUGGAAGAUCGUUGAUGUAUAUAUUAAAAAGGUCUGGCCCCAAGAUCGACCCUUGAGGUACACCAUAAGCUACCUGGCGAGGAUCUGACACCUCACAACUAAUCCUCACCCGCUGAUUCCUGUCCGUCAGAUAGCUUUUAAACCAUCCCAUAGGCUGUAUAGACACACCCAGUUCUCGAAGUUUACGUAAUAGGAUCCCAAGCUCGAUACUGUCAAAGGCCUUUGACAAGUCCAACAGAACCAACGCUGCGACUUGUUUUCGAUCCAUUGCUUCGAGAAUCAUAUCGGACAUGAAAAUAUGGAGUGUUUCUGUCGAGUGCUUCUUCUUGUUUCCAUUUUGAUGUUCAGUUAAAGAGUUCUGACGAGUUGUGCACUCCGUUAACUGAUUAAGAGCUGCUCUUUCGCAGAUCUUAGACAGAGCUGGCAACAGUGAUACUGGCCGGUUGUUAUUAGCAACCUCAUGAUCCCCUUCCUUUAAUAUCGAUAUUACCACGGACUCUUUCCAAGCAAAUGGAAAAACUGAUGUUAAAAGCGAUCUAUUUAUAAGCUCUGUCAAGACUGGAAGUAUAACUGGUAGGGCAUCCUUGAUCACACUCAUGUGUAACUUAUCCAUUCCCGGUGCCCUGUUUGAAGGAAAAGACAAGAUGAUCUGGUGUACUUCAAAGGUAGUAACUGCGCGGAAUCGGAAUUCCUCUAGUUGGAAUAAGGUCUUGGCUGAGGGGGGCUUAUACGCUGGAAAAACGUUAACUGAAGCAAGACUCUUAGAUUCAGCUGCAGCCCUUGCCCCCACAGAAGUAAAGAACUCAUUGAACUCGUUCGCCAGUUCCAUCAUAUCCCUUGAGUACACCGGUCUCGAUUUCUCUUUUGACGGGAAAGGCGAAAUGGUUUUCUUUCUUAUUCAAAAUUGCUUUCAUCCACCGGCAAAUAUGUGCAGCCAUAGAAGACCUAUUUAGGCCUAUUUUGGGUUAAAUAGGCGUAAAUGCGUUGUUUAAUGAGUGUUCUUUCAAGGUUUUAAAACAAUUCGACGCUUGUCUUCAACAACUGACAGCGCCACUAACCUAUGAAGGCCCGUUCUGGUCUUUUCCCUCUUGAUGAAUUAAUUUGAUGAGUACCUGCUAUUAAUAUUUUGUCUGUUUGUAAUUAUUUUUACCUAUGCCUGUAAUUAUUUUCGUGUUCUUUUUAACUUUUCCAUGCGUCACAAUUAUUUUUUCCUCACCAGGAAUUAAUUUUUUUAUGUGCCGUCUUUAUUAUUAUGCUUCUUUAAAAUUAUUAUUGUGCAUUACGCAAAUUAUUUUACGGUUGCGGAUUAGUUUUUUGUGUGCUAUAAUUAUGUUUUUUGGAUAAUUAAUUGAUUUUGUUGUACGCUUCUCAUAAUAUAAUGAUAAUUUAAUUUUUUCCAUUCGAGAAUUAUUUUUUUGUUAGUCAUAAUUAUUUUUUCGUAAUUUUGGCAAAUGUCCCAUAAGCCUCUGCGGUUAUGCACCUAAAACAUGGCGGCUCGUACUCGUCGGUCACGUGGAGUGGUGUUACGAGAGAGGAAUGAACGUGGGUUCGCGCUUUUCUUACAGAAUCUAAAAAGCGUUCGUAAUCUGUUGGCUCUAGUGCUGAUGAGUUAGAGACAGACGUUCUGAUUCAAACGAGGAGUCGAUUAGUGGUUGCACAAAUGCUACUGGUAUUCCGUCAAAUGCGAUUCAAGUUCCUGUGUAGCACCUGGAGAAUUCUUUAACCCACAUAAUUGAUUUGCUUUCAAGUCGGAUAGAAUGCCGCAACAAUGUAGACUUCUAUGACUCACUAGAUAUAUCUUAUUUUGCACCGCUGGUUCUUUCACAGACAGGACGAGGUCGUUAACGCUAUGAAAUAACUAAAGACCAACUUGAACAAUUACGAUCGCUUUAUUUUUCGUGGGAAGCAAUUGCUCGCAUUCUUCACGUUAGUCUUUCAACCCUUCAGCGGCGACGAUGCAACGCACUCGCCCAGCUUGGCGCGCAAAAACAAAACUGAGAAUGACUCUAGACUGCUCAAGAAUAGCGAAGGAAAUCGUGAUGAUGAGUGGUAUUUUUGUAGAGAGCAGGAGGCAGACAUUGCUUUUUUCUUUCAAGAGACAAGAAUAAUAAAGAUCAUAAAAAUAAUUGAAGAAAACUGGUCGACUAUUGUCCGAAACAGGGCGAUCACAAUCAACGAACCUUGAAAGACAGAAACAAACAAAGUGGAUCGAAAUGCACCAAAUAAACGUGCACUUCAUCCGAGUGAACAGCACUGUUUCGCGGUGCAUAAUUUUUCAAGCCUUAGCGUAUUUGUUUUUUAUUACAGGCAGUGUUCAGAGUGUGACCCCAGCGAUGAUGAUGACGAAAUGGAAGUCGAUACUGAAGACACCACACCCAUUUCUCAAGGCCGCCAAAGACGGGUCAUCAAAGAACCUACUAAAUUCACUCCUGACAAGGGAGAGGUAAGUCAAGUUGCAUCAGGAAUACAUGUUGCAAACUACUCUCAUCUUUUCUACUGACUCAAGCCUGGCACAAUCGGAGUUAACCGCUGGAGACAUUAAAUGCAAUUCUGACUUUAGAGCUUGUAGGUGGAGCCACGUGACCAUUUGAGUGGAAGCUACUCGGCAGUUCUUUCCUGUGGAAUUGGUUAUUAAGUUGUGCAAGGCGAUAAAUUCUACUAUCUCCGUCUGAUCUCGGGCGCAGUCCCCUCUCUUCAAUUCCAACCUAAAUUCCCUUCCUUUAAUGGGAUAAUCGCGAAAAUGGUAGAAAGGAUGUGUGGUCUAUUUUUCAGGGCCGUCUUCACGGACGUCUCCGUUAUCGGUUCGUAAGGUCCCUAAUAUAUCAUGUAAGGAGGAGACGUACUGAUGUUCUCUCUUCCGCGACAUUCCGUUUCUGCUCUUGGCGAGUUUCAUAGCAGUAUACCUUCGGAACUUUUAAUCCGUUUUGCGUUUCCUUUCAGUCAAAAAGCGCAAGCUGAAAAAGUCAUUCAAGCGCAAAACGCCCGCAACAGAAGGUGGAGAACGAGAAGGUGAAACCACUACAUCGGACAGUAAAGUAAGCGAGGGCUCUCUGGUUCAUGUAGCCUGUCCCUCUUCAGGACCUCUAUUGUCACUAUUCCUCAUAUCCUACAGCUUUUAUUGUUCUUAGGAGUUGGGGCAUUGCGGACCCCUGCAUGUUUUUUGUCGUGAAACCGGUAGGAAAAAUGCAUUAUUGUCCAUGGGUGUGGUUAACAUGGCUAGAUAUUGGCCAAUAAAAACGCAAAAAAGAACGAUGAAUACCCAGCCAUCUUCAUGGAACAAGCUUUAUUAAUAUACAAAGGAUUAAUUACAUGGCCAAAAAGAGAACUUAUUAUUGCGGGACCAACACCGAGCGUGCAGGAGGGGCUCAUCUUUUCCUCUCGCAUGGUUACUAUCGGUCAGGCCAUGGUUAAGGAAAAUUAUUCGUCAAGGCCAGGCAAGAGUCAGAGAAUUUCACUUUGAGUAAGGAAAAAUUUAAGUCUUUGAAAAGUCUUUGAAAUUUUAAGAGUACACAUUUUUUUUUUAUCCAUUCAUGGACACUCCACGUGACAUGCUGAAAGCAUAAAUCAAUCGCAGCGAGGACUGAGGUGAGGGGUGGGGCGGUUGAGUCCAUUAAAGACUAAUUUCUGAAUUUGUUAAUUUAUUUGGUCGGGGAAAUUUGCAGUUGUGAGAGAAAAGUCAGGGAAUUUCAGAAACCUCUGGCUGUGGCAUCCAUAGCUGGGAUAGCCAAUUAGACAACAGGCUUCGCUUCAACUUGCCCGCUCGCGAACUCAGCCAUAUCUACCCCUAUACACUAGAAAUACAAUGUUUGAUGCAACUACGUGGUCAUCUUAAACAGGUUUCUGUUAAAAAUUAUGCAUGUAUUUGUGGCCGUUAAUCACAUCCAACCCAAGAUCUGUGAUUUAUUCGUCACAGAAGCCAAAAUUGGAAGAAAGCUCUGCGCCUGCAGCGAAAAGAGGAAGGCGCCCUGGGCGAAGAAGCAUAGAACCACCUGAAAAGAAGAAAAAGCCUGAAGACUCUCGCACUGAGUGUUGUGUUUGCAAACAGAGCGGCACCAAUUCUAAUCUUGUGAGGUAUGCUGGGAAGUUCACCAUUGUCACCGAGACAAUAAUGCACCUUGUUUACCCCCCAGAAUUUGGCAUAACCAUUGUCUCCGAUUUCUCUUGGUAAUUUUCAAGUGACGAAUAAACAACAACAAUAUCAAAAACAAAAAAAAGCCUUUACAAGGAGCAAACGUUCGCACCUCGUGUAUUUCAUUCAGUCUCAGUCAGAACUCUCACAGAACGAGACAAACAAACGCAGGUGAUAAGGGAUGCGCAGAAGCUUGUGCAGAACUUUUUUUCCGCCCUGAAAGACCAACAUUGACGUCACGAAGUCUCCAGUCUAUCACGCGGCCAUUUCAGAAACGUUUUCGUGAAGUCUUCGGAAAUGCUCGGAUUUUGAACUUUAAUCUUUCUAUAAAGGCUUGGGAUGAAAAAUCCUCACCCAAAUCUCACUUAGGAUGUUUCUUUUUAGUGUUUGGUGAAGGUAAAGCGAUAAAACAAAAUAUGUCAAUUUUUUGGUUCAUUUGACCUUUAAGUAGCCUGAUCAGUGCCAGGCCUGAUGACAUUGUUUAUAUAUUUAUUUACUCACUUACUUAUUCUUUACUACUUUUAUGUAGAUGCGACCAGUGCAAGCUUUGUUAUCACUUCCAAUGCCUUGAUCCUCCGAUAAAAGUAAGUCCAGUUUUAAAGGGGCCGUGUCACGAGGAUAUCGCUUUUUUAGGUCAAUUCUGGGCUGAAGUCAUUACUUCGUGCCUUUAACUACACACAAAAUGCUUUUAUCGAGAUAUGAAUAAGAUAUCAAUCAAAUUUCCUCAGCGAGUACAAGCUAUCUGCCCACCAACCCCUCCCCUAAGCCAACAUUAACACUUACUUCUCACUUAGGGCAAAAUGUUGGCUUAGGGGAGGGGUAGGUGGGCAGAUUCCCAGAAAUGUAAAUUAUCCAGCAUUUUUUGUUGGUUUUUGCAGGCAUAGCAAAAAAAAAAAAAAAAAUUGGCUCACUUUUUAAAAACUUUUAAUCCGUGUCAAUCCUUUCCAUCCGUAGCAAUAGUGAAUAGGAAACGGCCUAAAUAUAAGCUUGAAUAACAAAACUAAACCAUAAUUUUUGGAAUUAUUUUGGUGCAAAGACCGUUUUUUGCUUUUUUACAAGAUAUCAAAUAGCGUACUAGUUUUACAAAGCCUGAAUACCACGAGCCCUGUGAUUGGUCGUUGUCUAUGAAAUAUUAGAGUGCAGACAUACAGAUGACAUCACGGGGAAAAUUUUUUCUUUAUUUUGUCCCACAAGUUGCUCGGUUUUGAAAGUUGUUGCGAGAUUAUUUCGAAUUUAGCAAGUAAAGUCCUCGAAAAAAGUUUAUCACGAGCUUUUUACAAGAAAAAGGAAAAACCCGACACGAAAAGUAUUCUUGGCGACUUGAAAUGGCCGCAACUGGAAGAAAUCUUCUAGGCUGCAUGUUGCCGUGCGUCUGUUCAUGAAAAGCUCCCGGAGUAACACGUUACCAUAAAGCUGCAACCUUUACUUUGUCGUGACCGUCAUACUACGUUCCUCGUACAAAAUUGUUAGUACAAAGUUGAAGUGUACUUCUAACUUUUGAACCUGUGAAUUAAAUCCUUUAGUUUGACCAUUUAAAUGAAACCCAGUCAGCUGUCCUAUCACAUGAUAGUGUUUUGCAAAACAAAAUUUGGAGUUAUCGUUAUUUUUUCUCUACUGUCUUGUAGGAAGGAAAGAGCUUCUUUUCGUUAAGACUUAUCUGUUUUCAAAAUGUAAUGCCGUUCGUUCUGAAUAUCACAAAGUCGUCCAGAAUAGCCCAAAGGGACCAUGGCCUAAAACUCCAGCUUAGUACAUAAACUUAAAGGUAAACAAAGUUCUUUUUUAUUUUUAUUUUGUAGGCCAACCCCAAGACGCGAGGAUACCUGUGGUUCUGCACAGAAUGUGACGAAUCGGUAAGUGAUUGAGAACUUUGGAUAACACGUGGAGGAAUAUGUCGUACGAUAACUGUGAGGGGAGGUACUCCCUUGUAUUUGCCUUAUAGGUAUGUGCCGCUCCAAAGGGUUGGGGUUUUACGCCGUUUUGGUCGGAAAACGGUUAUAGACUUUGCUUAUUUUGGUCUGAAUUCGGGUAUGGUUUUCGUGGGAAUCACGUGAACGUAUAUGUCGUUUCAAUUCCAAACGAAUAAGAAAAAAAAGUAACAUUCGAAUUCGAGUUGGAUUUUAAGAAAUCUUUUUCUUGGCGCUCUAAUCAACGUAUAGUCAACUCUCGCCUUGCGGACACUUCGAUAUAACGGACACUACGAUAAUACCCACAGCACCUAAAUCCCAGGCAAAAAUAAAUUUCAGUCGUUUGACUGAAAUAAACUCCCGCUAUUUCGGACUCUCACUUAUGAGAACACCAAGUGGAGGUCCUUACAGUGUCUGAGUUGGCUUUAAUGAUAACAUAAUUUCUGCCUACGCCAGGUCUGAAAACGGGUGUGGAAAAUGUCAGUUUUGGGGUGUGAAAUUGGGUCAGGAUUUGGAGAACCGGGCGGCACACCCUCACCACGAAUUCCCAGGAAUACCCCUCCGGGGGUACGAUAUCAAACUGCUGCUUCUAAGCCCUUGGCUUAUACCCCUCCUCCGCAAGCGAUUCUAGGAGGGGGCCGGGGGAGGGGGGGUGGGUGUGGGGCUAAAAAAUUACUGAGAAGUUCUUUGCUGUGGUGCUGUUUAUUGGUUGAAGCCCUUUAGCGUUACUAUUUAACUACCACCACUACCAUACAGAAACUCUUUACACUUUGGCAUGUCGAUUUUAUUUGUUAGGAAGAGGAAAGCGACGAAGAUGUAGAUGUAGAAGAGAUGAGUACAACUGACGCUAAAUCAGAAAAAUAUGACAAAGAAACAAAGCAGAAAAACAGUGAAAAUAAUGAAAAGAAAGGGGAUGAAGGGAAAGACGAAGGAGACAAAAGUGUAAAGAAAGACAAGAAAAAGAAAGAUGAAGGAGUUGAAGAUCCGAGCAAAGGGUUAGAAAAAGACAUGGAAACAAAUGUAAAUAAAGCCAUUAAAGAGAAAGAAAAACAAAAGGGAGAAUUUGAGAAAGCAGACCAAUCCAAGAAGGUAGACGGAGGUAAAAAGAAAGUAGACUGGAGAGAAACAGAAGAUGUAGAAAGAUCAAGUAAAGAGCCAAAAAAACAAGAUGAAACGAAAGUAGAGGAGGAAAAAUUGAAACUAGGCAAAGAUGUAAAAGAGGCAGAUAAAGACAAGGGGAAAGGCGACGGAAGUGCAAAGAAAGCAGACGUAGAACGAGAAGAGGUAACAAGGGCAGAGAAACAACAACAAGGAGAUGUGAAGAGAGGAGAUAAAGAGGAAGAGAGACAAGGAAAAGGAAACAGAGCAGAUAAGAAGGAAGAGAAAGCAUGUGAUACGGCAAAGGAAGAAAAAGAGAAACAGGAGGUCGCAAAGGAGGCAGGAAAUGAGAAGGGGAAA